AUGGCAGAUCUAGGCAAUAGCACACCACGGUCGGGAUCACAAAAUUCUGCGGAGGAAGAGGCCCAUGUCGCUAGCCUCCUGCAGAAGAUGAACCUAACGCAUGAUGAGGGUGAUUUUGCUGCCUUCAACGAUGAUGAGGAGGAAGCAGAUGACGUACGUGAAUGGGCCUUGAUCAGUAAGGCCCUGUCGCCAUCGACGCUCCACAUCACAACAAUCACGAACGCGAUGAGACCGGCCUGGGGCAAUCCCUUCGGGCUCACUCUGCGAUCAAUUGGUGAGAAGGGUGAGAAUCUCUUUAUCGCCGAGUUUGGAUGUCAGGAGGACAAGUUCAAGGCCCUGAAUGGUUCUCCAUGGAUGGUGGGGAAACAUGCUGUCAUCCUGAGGGAGUACGAUGAAACUCUAAAACCCUCUGACAUAUGCUUCUCGCGUAUGGAGAUGUGGGUACAUAUCCUGAAUCUCCCACUUGGCUGGAUGAAUGAGAAACGUGGCACUCGUGCUGCAGAAUUAAUUGGUGAAGUGGUAAAGAUUGAUACAGGUGAAGAUGGUAAGAUCAGUGGCGAGUUUGUGCGAGCACGGGUUGCCAUAGACAUUGAGAAACCUCUACGCCGAGGGGUGCUCCUGAAGACUGAUCGUACCAAGCCACCUGACUGGUAUGAAAUCCAAUAUGAGAAGCUUCCUUUCUUCUAUUUCUCGUGUGGCCUUUUGGGACACAUGCAUCUUGAAUGCCCCACCCCAGCACCAAGAAAUGUGCUGGGUAAACUCCCAUAUGAACUUAAGCUGCGUGCACCUGAUGAUUGGAGGAAAAAGCCCCAGAGCUUUGGAGCUGCUGCAGCGGAUUCUUUUGGCAACUCUUCAGGCAGUGGACGUACCUCUACUACAAGGCAAAGCUCUAAUGCACACCCGCAGACACCUGAAGAAGGAAAAGGAAAGGGGAAGGCUGAUGAUGAGGAGGCCACUUUGCCGCUGAAGCAGAAAGGGAGGGCCUAUAGCAGGAAAGGAGCCAACCCAAAAAAUGUUUUCGCAGAGAAAAAACAAGCGGAUGUUCUGGGACAGCGCAAGAGGAAGCCAGGGGAGAAUGCAGUGUCAGAACAAAAAACUCCAGCAGCCUCCCCAAUUGUGGUGCCCUCAGGUUUGGUGAGUGACUGA